GUUUCACGCUCCAACACCACCCGGUGUAGACAUCUCACAUUGAAAGAAAGGAAAAGGGGAAUGGCAGAAAAGGACAAGAAAGAAAAUCCUUAUUCCCAGCCACUAUGUUUCAGGAGGAGUAUGUCGGAGAAAUAAAAGGUGGGCUGCGGCCCACGAUGAGACUGGUUGUCAUGGGAAUUGUUAACAAGAAGCCCCAGAGCAUGGUGGUGUCCCUGUCCAGUGAUCCGGUGGAAGAGGACUUUGAGGGAGACGUGGGUUUGCAGGUAAAGGUCAACUUCCUGGAUAAGGCUGUGCAGAGGAACGCUCGUCUGGCUGGGAGCUGGGGGACAUCAGAGAACACCCUGGCAUACUUCCCCUUCACUGCUGGGGAGCCCUUCAAGAUGGAGAUAGUUUGUGAACACCAGCAGUUCCGUAUCCUGGUGGAUGGCCAGCCCCUGUGUGGCUUCACGCAUCGUCUGUCUCUGCUGGCCUCUCUCACUGCCCUGCGAGUCUCUGGAGACCUACAGCUCACUAAGGUUGCGUAACACCAGGAACAGACCCAGGGGGUAUCCCAAAUUACACCCUAUUGUCUAUAUAGUCCACUACUGUUGACCAGGCCUCUGGUACUAUAUUGGGAAUAGUGUACCGUUUGGGACGGCCAUCAGUUGUAUUGUAAAGGUGGGCAGGUCAAGUGUAUUAGUGUAAUAGAGGGUGGACCAUUUUGGUAAUAUCUUGAUCCUUGUGAAAUGUGAAUGUUUGGCACUUUUGAUUGCAACAAAUAACACCCGCUUCUUAAUUGCGUGAAGUGCCUUCACUAGACUAGCUGUUUACUAUUGUUGUGACUGGGUAAUAUAGACUACAGUUACUGAAUGUAAUCCAUGUAAUGAUUGAUUGAUUUCCUUAGGAAAACCUAAUAAGGAAAAGAUUGGAAUCUGUUUUUUUUUUUUUUUGUAUUUGAUGGCCUAUGGACUAUACCACCUUGGGAACACAAUAUUUUUAGAUUAGAUAUUAAAUAUCAAUAUGCUGCCAUUUGACACCGUCUGUCAGGAUGGCCGAGACGCAACAUGAGAUGAACGUGCAUCAAAAAAUACAAUUUAAGAUCGCUGCUAAAGUUCCUCAAAAAACAUUCCUAUAGUGCAUGAUGUUAAAGGUUUCCACAGAAGCAAUUACAACAACAAAACAAAAGCAUGUUUUUAAUAUGUGCCCAUAUAUACAACAGGGUGUCCAACUCACAGCUUCUGUAACCCCUAUAGAAUAAUGCUUCAUUAGUGCAUGUCAUUGUUUUUUUGUAUUUUUUUUUCUGUGUUAGCUGUUAGGUCAACACAUUGUAGACUACUGUAGCCCUCGACAUCACAGCACUGUAAUCCUUUCAAACAAUCUGUCAAAUCAUCUUUAAACCAUAUUUAGAUGUUUGAAAUAGAUUGUUGUAGAAAUUACUUAAAUAAACAAUUGUGUGUUAUCAUGUCCUAUAAA